AUGCCAGUUGAGCAUCUACCCCCAUAUCCAUUUGUUGGAUCUUUUGCUACUACUGUUACAUCGACUGUCAGCUCUUACUAUGACCCGUAUGCUGCCGGGCCAUCGCACACUGCUCCUACCAAGCCUGUGAUGGGGUAUUCUUCACAGACUUCAUUUCCUAUGGUUGGAGAUCCAUAUCAUACCACUACAUCCAUGCAUAGUACCAUUACUUAUCCAUCUCCGUACUUUUCAGAUUUUCACACUCAGCCACCACCGGGCAUGGGCCCGUUAGAUCCGUAUCAUCCGAGUCAUUUACCUCCUUCUACUACCGAGUACAGAGUCACAUUAGUCGAGGUACAGCUCGGUAUCGUAUUCAGUCGAAUCCAUGAGCUUAGUGCUCACCUAUCUGUUUCUCGAGCACCUACGAGUACUGCUCCAUCAUCAUCCACAUUACCACCUUUACCUACAUCGUCCCCUCCACCACCACCACCUCUACCGAUAUCACUACCAGCACCAUCUCCACCAGCACCAUCAUUUUCAUCACACCAUGCCACACCUCCAUCUCUUGAGAGGCGCGUCAGCGCCAUUCAGGAGGAGAUGGCAUUCUUUCGAGGGGUCAUCGGCGUAUCUUCACCCUCACCCCCACCUCCAGUCUAG